CGUUCGGUUUAUAUAUUUAAAAUGGUGAUGGCUGAAUCGAAUAUACCACUCAAAUUAGUUAAAAGUGUUCAAUUUGGAAUUCUUAGUCCAGAUCAGAUACGUAAAAUGUCAGUAGUUGAAGGUGGUAUACAGUAUCCUGAAACGCGUGAAGGAGGUAGACCUAAAUUGGGUGGUUUAAUGGAUCCACGUCAAGGUGUUAUAGAUAGGACAUCGAGAUGCCAAACAUGUGCCGGAAAUAUGUCUGAAUGUCCAGGGCAUUUUGCUCAUAUCGAAUUAGCUAAACCUGUUUUUCAUAUUGGCUUUUUGUCAAAUACUAUAAAAAUUCUUAGAUGUGUUUGUUUUUAUUGUUCAAGACUAAAAAUACCAGCGGAUAAUUCGAAAAUCAAAGAAAUAGUUCAUAAAACAAAAAAUCUGCCGCGAAAACGAUUAGCAUAUGUGUAUGAUUUAUGUAAAGGGAAACAUAUGUGUGAAGGUGGUAAUGAUGUAGAAAUGGCAAAUCAAGAUGAAGAAAGUUUGCUAAAAGAAAAAACUGCCAGUGGUUGUGGCCGAUACCAACCCAGCAUCAGGCGAAUAGCUUUAGAACUGUUUGUCGAAUGGAAAAAUUUGAACGAGGAUGCCACUCACGAAAAGAAAUUCCAGUUAACGGCCGAAAGGGUACUCGAGAUAUUUAAGAGAAUCUCCGACGAAGAAUCCAUUAUUCUAGGUAUGGACCCAAAAUUCGCUCGACCAGACUGGAUGAUAAUCACCGUAAUGCCUGUCCCUCCUCUCCCGGUCAGACCCGCGAUUGUCAUGUUUGGCGUAACGCGCAAUCAAGACGAUUUGACUCAUAAAUUAGCGGACAUUAUAAAGGCUAACAAUAACCUCAGAAGGAACGAGCAAAAUGGGGCAGCUGCUCACAUUAUAGCUGAAGAUGUUAAAAUGCUGCAAUUCCAUGUAUCCACUUUCAUAGAUAACGAUAUUCCUGGGAUACCCAAAGCUGUCCAAAAAUCAGGAAGACCACUAAAAUCUUUAAAAGCCCGCCUAAAGAGCAAAGAGGGUAGGAUAAGAGGUAACCUUAUGGGAAAAAGAGUCGAUUUUUCCGCUCGUACCGUUAUAACCCCAGACCCUAAUUUGAGCAUAGAUCAGGUUGGCGUUCCUCGGAUGAUCGCACAAAACUUGACUUUUCCAGAAAUCGUGACGCCCUUCAACAUUGACCAGAUGCACGAACUAGUUAGACGGGGAAACAAUCAGUAUCCAGGUGCCAAAUACAUUAUAAGGGACAAUGGAGAUAGGAUUGAUUUGAAGUAUCAUCCAAAACCUAGUGAUCUCCAUCUACAAAUUGGAUACAAGGUGGAACGACAUAUAAGAGACGACGAUGUCAUUGUGUUUAACAGACAGCCUACUCUUCACAAAAUGUCUAUGAUGGGGCACAGGAUCAAAAUUCUACCAUGGUCUACUUUUAGAUUGAAUCUCAGUGUUACCACCCCAUAUAACGCCGAUUUUGAUGGGGAUGAAAUGAAUUUGCACGUUCCUCAAUCCCUUGAAACACGGGCAGAGAUAACUGAACUCAUGAUGGUACAACGGCAAAUGAUAACUCCACAAGCUAAUCGACCAGUCAUGGGUAUAGUGCAAGAUACGCUCACAGCCGUCCGGAAAAUGACCAAGAGGGAUGUCUUAUUGGACAAGGAACAAAUGAUGAACCUCCUUAUGUGGCUGCCCAGUUGGAAUGGCAAAAUUCCGCAACCAGCUAUCAUAAAGCCAAAACCGCUGUGGACUGGCAAACAGCUCUUCUCAUUAGUUAUUCCCGGUAAUGUGAAUUGUGUCCGUACCCAUAGCACACACCCGGACGAGGAAGAUAGUGGACCUUAUAAAUGGAUUUCGCCUGGAGAUACCAAGGUUCUCAUCGAAAAUGGGCAGCUCAUAGCAGGCAUCCUUUGCAAAAAGACUCUUGGGACUUCAAGCGGCUCUUUGGUUCAUAUCGUUGCAUUGGAAUUGGGCCACAAAAUAGCCGGGGAUUUUUACGGGAACAUUCAAACCGUCGUCAAUAAUUGGCUUAUGAUAGAAGGCCACUCCAUAGGAAUAGGCGAUUCCAUUGCAGACCCUCAAACCUACGUGGAAAUUCAAAAUACCAUUAAAAAGGCCAAACAGGACGUCAUAGAGGUUAUCGAGAAGGCCCACAAUGACGAGCUUGAACCCACACCUGGAAAUACCUUGCGACAAACUUUCGAAAAUCAGGUUAAUCGCAUAUUGAAUGACGCUCGAGACAAAACUGGUAGUAGUGCUCAACGUUCUCUGUCAGAAUUCAAUAACUUUAAGGCUAUGGUUGUUGCAGGUUCUAAGGGAUCCAAAAUUAAUAUAUCACAAGUAAUAGCAUGCGUGGGACAGCAAAACGUCGAGGGCAAGCGAAUUCCUUUUGGCUUUCGUCAUCGAACCCUGCCCCAUUUUAUCAAGGACGACUUUGGUCCCGAAAGCCGAGGCUUUGUCGAAAAUUCUUACCUGGCUGGUCUUACGCCCUCCGAAUUCUUCUUUCACGCCAUGGGAGGUCGUGAGGGUUUGAUAGAUACGGCCGUUAAAACGGCCGAAACUGGUUAUAUACAAAGGCGAUUGAUCAAGGCUAUGGAGUCAGUCAUGGUGCGUUAUGAUGGAACUAUUCGAAACAGUUCUGACCAAAUGGUUCAAUUGCUCUAUGGGGAAGACGGAUUAGACGCGGUUCAUUUGGAAUUUCAAAAUUUACCUACACUUAAACCAUCUGACAAGGCUUUAGAACGUCGUUUCAAGUUCGAUACCUCCCUCAAUGAAAGAUACCUCCGCCGUUACCUUAAUGAAGACAUAGUCAAGGACUUGGUCGGAAAUACCCAUUGUCUCACCGAGUUAGAAAAGGAAUGGGAUCAACUCAAGGAGGAUCAGGCAAUGUUAAGGCAGAUAUUUCCUACGGGGGAUAGCAAAGUAGUACUCCCAUGCAACCUUCAGAGGAUUAUAUGGAAUGCCCAAAAGAUUUUUAGGAUUAACCCACGAAUUCCAUCUGACUUGCAUCCACUUAAAGUAAUUCAAGGCGUUCGAGAUCUAAGCGCACGCCUGACUGUAGUGAAAGGUUCGGACCCCCUCAGUUUGCGAGCUCAGUCAGAUGCUACCUUCCUGAUCUCCGCCCUGCUCCGUUCCACUCUAACCGCCAGACGUGUGACAGAGGAGUGGAGGCUCUCCACCUCGGCUUUCGAUUGGUGUUUAGGUGAACUCGAGGCCAGAUUUGGUCGGGCUUUGGUUGAUCCUGGUGAGAUGGUGGGGCCCCUGGCCGCUCAGUCUCUAGGUGAGCCCGCCACUCAAAUGACCCUCAAUACUUUCCAUUAUGCUGGAGUUUCAGCCAAGAACGUUACACUCGGGGUUCCCAGGCUUAAGGAGAUCAUAAACGUAUCCCGUAGGCCUAGAACUCCUUCGUUAACCGUGUUUUUAAAAGGGAGGGCUGCUCGUGAUGCGGAGAGAGCAAAGGAUGUACUAUGCAGGCUGGAACAUACCACCCUUAGAAAGGUAACCGCCAAUACCGCCAUCUACUAUGACCCUGACCCGGUUAACACCGUGAUACCCGAAGAUAGAGAAUUCGUAUCAGUUUAUUAUGAAAUGCCUGAUUUUGACCCGGCCCGUAUGUCCCCUUGGUUGUUGCGUAUCGAACUCGAUCGCCGCCGUAUGACGGACAGGAAACUCACCAUGGAAGCCAUCAGUGAAAAAAUAAAUGCCGGGUUUGGUGACGAUUUGAAUUGCAUAUUCAACGACGAUAACUCCGAGAGGCUAGUACUCAGGAUACGAAUAGCGGCCACUGAGGGAGGGGGUGGCAUGGGAAACGUUUCCAAUCGAAACGCGGAUGGCGAGAAAUUUGGUGAUGAUGCUGAAGAUAUCGAAAAUCCAAAUAACGCGAAUUCCGCCGCGGCAGUUGAUAGGAUGGACGACGACGUAUUUUUGCGUUGCAUAGAGUCUAAUAUGCUGAGCGAUAUGACCCUCCAGGGGAUCGAACAGAUUUCGAAGGUAUACAUGCAUCUACCCACGCAAGACAAUAAAAAACGCAUAAUCCUCACUAACGAGGGCGAAUUCAAGGCGAUAUCCGAAUGGAUUUUGGAGACGGAUGGUACCAGUCUUAUGAAGGUUUUGAGUGAGAAGGACGUUGACCCUGUCAGAACAACAUCUAACGAUAUUUGCGAAAUAUUUUCGGUGUUGGGAAUUGAAGCUGUGCGUAAAUCGCUGGAAAAAGAGAUAAAUACGGUUAUUUCCUUUGACGGUUCCUAUGUAAAUUACAGACAUUUGUCCCUCCUCUGCGAUAUCAUGACCGCCAAGGGUCACUUGAUGGCCAUAACUAGGCACGGAAUCAAUAGGCAAGAUACGGGCGCACUUAUGAGAUGUUCUUUUGAAGAAACGGUCGAUAUUUUAACGGAUGCAGCAGCACAUGCUGAAAAUGACCCCAUGUUAGGCGUUUCUGAAAACAUAAUGUUCGGUCAACUUGCCCCCAUAGGUACGGGAUCCUUUGAAUUGCUUUUGGACGCUGAACGUUGCAAACUGGGCAUGGAAAUACCUCUCAACAUAGAGGAAAGCAUGCUGGUUCCCGGCAUGAACCGCCACUUUUUCGGUUCCACCUCAGGAAUGAGCCCUUCAGGUAUGGGAAAUUUAACCCCAGACGCCUGGGGAAAAUCCACUCCAUACGGCUCGGAAAAUUAUUCUCCUUCUAUUUCAACAAUGACGCCCGGUUCUGCCGUUUUCUCGCCUUCCGCUGGUAGCGAAAUAAGUGGAUUCAGUCCUGUAUAUAGCCCAGCCUGGUCGCCUCAACCUCACUCACCAGGUGGUAUUGGUGGGUCUGGUGGCAUGUCGCCUGGCCCUGCUAGCCCUUAUUCCUCCAGUCCAGCAAGUCCUGCAGGCGCUUAUUAUUCUCCAUCUUCUCCGGCUAUAGCGCCCUCCCCAACUUCUCCAAAUUAUAGCCCUUAUUCUCCCCGUGUUGGUUCUUCUAUCUCCCCCAAAUAUAGCCCUUCCUCACCCGCUUACAGCCCCAGUAGUCCUAGUUAUACUCCCACUAGCCCAGGGUUAUCUCCUGGGAGUGGGGCUGGCCCGUCAUCUCCUUAUAUGCAAUCCUCAGACUCGGGGACUCCGGCUUCGCCAAAAUAUUCACCCAGUAGCCCUGGAUAUAAUCUCUCCAGUCCACGGUAUUCGCCCUCCUCUCCCUACAGUCCUGCUACCCCUGGCCGUUCUUCGGGUUCUGGCUCUGCGGGAGGGCCGACAUACUCGCCCUCUUCGCCAAAAUAUAGCCCUUCCCUGCCUCAUGACUCCAAUUACAGCCCCAGUAGUCCUCCACAAUAUUCACCUAUGAGCCUUAAUUACAGCCCUAGUAGUCCUAAAUAUUCACCCUCCAGCCCAAAGUAUAGUCCUUCCAGCCCGAAAUACAGUCCCUCCAGUCCGAAUUACAGCCCGUCUAGCCCUAAUUAUAGUCCUUCCAGUCCCAAUUACAGUCCCUCCAGUCCAAAUUAUAGCCCUAGUAGCCCCAAAUACAGCCCGAGUAGUCCCAAAUACAGCCCGAGUAGUCCCAAAUACAGCCCAAGUAGUCCUAAAUAUAGCCCUAGUAGUCCUAAAUAUAGCCCCAGUAGUCCUAAAUAUAGCCCCAGUAGUCCCAAAUAUAGUCCUAGUAGUCCCAAAUAUACUCCAACUAGCCCUAAAUACAGCCCCACGACUCCUAAAUACAGCCCAUCAAGUCCCAAUUACAGUCCGGCAAGUCCCAAAUACAGCCCAGAUAGUCCCAAAUAUAGCCCAGCCAGUCCCAAUUAUAGCCCAGCCAGUCCCAAUUAUAGUCCAGCCAGUCCAAAUUAUAGCCCAGCUAGUCCCAAAUAUAGCCCAGAAAGUCCUUCCAGUCCAAAAUACAGCCCUAGUAGUCCUAAUUAUACCCCAAGUACUCCUAAGUACAGCCCUUCUAGCCCGAGUCUUCAAUAUUCUCCAAGUAGCCCUACCCUUUCCAGCGGCCCCAGUUAUACGCCCUUAUCUAAUCAACCAGGGCCUUCUAAUGUCCCCUUAGGUUACAGUCCUUCCUCCCCUCCUUACAGCCCUUCUAGCCCUGGUUAUAGCCCUACUACUUACAGUCCAUCGUCGCCGGCAGAACUUUAUGACCCAUCUCCGGUUUCACCUUCGCCUGCGAAUUUAAGCACCCCUGCAGGCGCUAAUAUGGAUAGCAUGUACAGUCCUUCAUCGCCAAUGCUUUACAGCACCACAACCACUCCUGAUGAUGAAUGAUGUGAUUAAAAUUUCUAACUCGGCAAUGAAUUUUAUUAUAUAAAUUUAUAUUUACAACAUUAUAUUAUUUUGCAUUAUUUAUCAACAUAAUUAGAAUUUUAUAAUAUUCAUAUUU